AUGGCUGGAGAUUUUAACGAAGUUAUGAAUCAAGCAAACAAGUCGGGGGCCCCUCCAAGGGCAGCUUCUACAAUGGCCAAAUUUAGAAGAACGAUGUCAGUUUGUGGUUUUAUGGAUAUGGGUUUUGUAUGUAGCAAAUAUACUUGGUCCAAUCAUUACACAAAGGAGCAUUUAGAUCGGGGGUUUCAGACAACACAAUGGAGACGAAGGUUCCCAUUUAGCAGAGUGAUCACAUUAAGCCCUAGUGAAUCUGAUCACGGACAUCUGUUGAUUGAGGUCAAUGGUGAAAAGAGGAAAAAUAGCAGGAGAUGUAAAAGGUUUCACUUUGAGGAGAUAUGGCAUGGCAGGGAGGAAUGUGCUAAAUCAUUUAGCAAGAGUGGGCUAAACCUACAACUGAGAGUGGAGAUGCGUACUAUUCAGGAGAAGUUGAAUGACGUAAUGAGACAACCAUUCUCUUCUCAACAAUCUGAAGAACAACGGCUGUUACAUGUGAAGUGCAAAUGUGAUUGCUAUGCAGCAAAUAUUGUAUGCAACACCAUGCAAAGUCACACAAGACUGAAUGAGAGUUUAUUGAGGCCGUACACUGAUGAAGAGAUUAAGGCUACAUUCUUCCAAAUGCAUCCUUCUAAAAGCCCCGGCCCGGAUGGUAUGUCUCCAUUAUUUUAUCAAAAAUAUUGGGAUGUUGUUAGUCAGGAUGUGUGUAUGGUUGUGAGGUGUUUACUUGGAACAAGAGAUAUUUGGGCAGAGUCCAAUUAUACCUAUUUGUGCUUAAUCCCAAAGAUCAAAGACCCAAAAGAUGCUACACAUUUUCGACCCAUAGCUCUAUGCAAUGUAAUAUGCAGAAUUAGGUCCAAAGUGGUUGCUAACAGGCUUAAAGUGUGCUUGCCGGAUAUUAUCUCCCCCUUGCAGAGUGCUUAUGUUCCAUGCAGGAAUAUUCUAAAUGUGUAUGAGCAAGCUUCUGGACAGAAAGUAAGCUUCCAAAGGAGUAGUAUUAUCUUCAGCAAUAAUGUGCCACAGGAAAAGCAAUUUCACCUAGCCUCCAUUCUUGAAGUUAAAUGUGUCAAGGAGCAUGAUAAGUACUUGGGGCUUCCCUUGAGAGUUGGUAAAUCGAAGACAGAGAUUUUUGCAUACCUCAAAGAAAAAUUAUCUAAGAAGCUCAUCAGUUGGAAGUCAAAAAUCCUCAGCAGUGUAGGUAAAGAAAUUUUGAUCAAGGCUGUGGCACAAACCAUGCCCUUAUAUGCUAUGAACUGUUAUUUGCUACCUAAGGGUUUAUGUGAUGAUAUUCACCAACUUUGUGCUUCCUUCUUCUGGGGUAAUACUGAGGAAAAGAAAAAGAUACAUUGGCGAAGUUAG